UCCCUUUGUGUCUUUGGCUGCUGUGGUGGCGACCCACUGCCCUGCCGCAAGCCUCUCCUGGGCCUCAGACUCGGGGCUCGUUUUUAGGGCAGAGGUGUCACCCCGAGGAGAGAUGGGGGAGGGAAGGCUUGGGGCCUGCCCAGGUCCGGAUCCUUUCUCCCCUCCCCCUCCUCCCCGGGAGCCUUGGGGAACGCCGCGCCGAGGCUCUGGGCUGGAGUUCUUCCGCGUCCGAAGGCCCUUCGGCCUGCAGGGGUCAGAAGCUCGGUUGGUCGGUGGCGUUGGAGCUUCUGUCCCCGGCCUGAUACCUGCGCUCGCCUCUUCCCAAACUUACGUCCCUCCCGGCUGAUUUAGCAGCUUCCUUAUUCCUCCUUUCAAAAGUAGAAUGCAGUUACCUCAGAGGCCGAAGUUCUUGUAUUGCCUUGGUAUUCCCAUUACUUCCCUUGAAAUGCCUGUUUUGCACAAUAUUUUCCCAGAAGAUCUUUUGGAAGAAACAUUAUGGAAGUCCUCCGUCCACAGCUUAUAAAAAUUGAGGGGCGUAUUUACAGGAAGAACUUUAUACAAGAACAGACCUAUCAGCAUGAAGAUGAAGAUGAAGAUUACUAUGGAGAGCCCAUGGAGUAUUCAGAAGAGCUUAGUGACUCGUGUGUGGUGGAGCAGACAGAGAGAGGCUUCCAGUGUGCGGUGGCGGUCCCUAGUGCCCUUUUCAAAUAUAUAAUUGGGAAGAAAGGUGAAACCAGAAAGAAACUAGAAAUGGAAACUCGAACUUCUAUUAACAUUCCUAAACCUGGAAUGGAAGGAGAAAUUGUAAUCACAGGCCAGCAACGAGGUGGUGUCAUCUCAGCGAAAACGCGAAUUGAUGUUCUCGUGGAGAGUUUCCGAAGAAAACAGCCUUUUACUCACUUCAUUUCUUUCUCCCUCAACCAACCUGAAGUUCAGGAAGGGUUCUUGAAGUUCCAGGAGAAAGUCUUAGAGAAGUGUUCAAUGGAUCGUGGAGUCAGCAGUUGUCUUUUCCAAAAUCCAGCAAAACUUCAUCUAACUAUUGGAACUCUAGUACUUCUCAAUGAUCAAGAAAUCCAGUGGGCAUGUGAACUCCUGCAGCAAUGUAAAGAAGAGUUUAUCAACAAAAUUGCUGGAGGUAAACCCCUGUUAGCAGAGAUGGUGGGGAUAGAAUACAUGAAUGAUGAUCCUGGCAUGAUGGAUGUUCUUUAUGCUAAAGUCCACAUGAAAGAUGGCUCUGACCGACUACAGUUGAUAGCUGAUCAGCUGGUAGAACGGUUUGUGUUGUCUGGAUUGAUGAUAAAGGAAUGGGACAGAGUGAAACUCCAUGCUACAGUCAUGAACACUCUAUUCAGGAAAGAUCCCACAGCUGAAGACAGGAACAAUGCCCUUGCAGGUAAAUCUGGUCUUCGCGAAAGAGAAUCAUUUGAUGGCCGAAAUAUAUUAAAGCUUUUUGAAAACUUCACCUUUGGGGAGCUGUGCCUUAAUUCGAUUCACAUCUCUCAGAGGUUUUCUACAGACAGUUCUGGAUACUAUGCUUCCUCUGGGCAAGUGGAUUUCUCCUGAGAUCUUUGUUUUACCUUACCUCUUAAUGGAACUGCAGUCAAUGUGGCGGCUUUUAUUCUCUCUUUUGGACAACAGCAGUGAAAACAUUGAUGAUAUCAGCAGGACUGUGCAAAGUUCCCUGGGAGAAUGUCAAUGCCAGAACCUGUUCACUUCUUGCUGCAGCCUAGUAGAGGGAAGAGUACUUACAGCUCUGGCAUUAUCUCAUUUCAACAGUUAAUUGGGUUUUCUCUUUUCACCUCUUUCCUCACUCUAAAUCCCUUCUCUUUUAUUUUUUGUCUCAGGGUAACUCAGAAGUUUGGGAGCUAUAUUUGAGGUGAAUGAUCGAGGCCUUCUCAAGUCUUUCUGUUUUCUCCUUCCUCCUUUUUUUCCCCCCUUUUCCUCCAAAGUCCAAGUACUCAUUUUUUAACAAGGUCAUUUGACCACAUGAGGAAUGCUUCUUGAGUUGUAUAAUGUAAUUCUUUAGCUCAUUUGUGAAUAAAUUAAUUUCUAAAACUAAA